AUGUCUGGAUUAUCGCACCACAUAGAUCACCGCCGGCAGAAGCCGCGUUUACAGCCUCGACAAGCUUGUCCGAAGCGUCGCUCGGUACCCGAUCCGACAGGAUGGCUGAUGUUUGAAAAUUUGAACGGCGUCAGAACUUUCUUCGAUGGCAAGGACAUGUACAGCCGUCCUGGGAAUCCAUUCACGCCUCCAAAGUGGUUCCUGGACAAGUUUCCUGAGAAUGUCACACUAGAUGGAGCGGAGAACUGUUGGGAGGACGUGGGGAGUUUCAGUCUACGGUGUCAGUUGUCAAGACAAUCAACUCUCCUCAUUGGAAAGGAAUUACCUUCCAGGUAG